AUGGCUCCAAAGAGAAAAUUGACCUCCGAGAUAGGAAGUAGUAACAAACAACAGAAGCGGAAGGGUUCUACCACCACCAAGCCGUCCAAACUGGUGGAUCUUGACGUCAAACAAGAGUCGAACCUGAAGGGCCUCACGUUGAGACAAUUCUUCACACACGUCUUGGAUCAACUGGAAACGUUAACCGCCAUAGAGGAAGAGACAGGGGCCGAAUACAGAAGAAUCGACCCAUACGUUAAGUUACCAUCCAAGAAAUUUUUUCCUGAUUAUUUCCAACUUAUCCAGGUCCCCAUUUCAUUGGAAGAAAUUGAAAAGAAGGUCAAAGCCAACAAAUAUAAAGAUGCUAAUCAGUUCUUGGAGGAUUUUGAGCUAAUGAAGAAUAAUGCAAACUUCUACAACGAUGCAGAGUCAACGAUUGCUAAGGACUCUGUGAUCAUUUGGGAAUUCGUAAAAGACCUUGUGGAAAGUUAUGAGUCAGGAUCCACUCCAGAUGAGGAAGAUUACUCUGAAAAGAUAGGAGGGGUCAUUGAUGAACUGUUAAGUAUGAAGAAACCAAAAAUCGGCAAGCUGGCACUUCCUUUUAUUGAAAGUGUUGAUCGAGACGAGUAUCCUGAGUAUUACGAAGUUAUCAAGGAACCGAUAACGUUUCAAAUGAUUCAAGAAUUCUUGAAGGAGGGAAAGUAUAAGGGAGGAAAAAAGGGUGUAGAAAAAUUUCAAAACGAUCUAACACUGCUGUUUAAUAAUGCCCGUACCUUUAAUGAUUCCAAAAGUCUUAUCUAUCGAAAUGCUGAGCUUUUGGAGAAGAAGGCUGAAUCAGAAAUACCUUUGAUAUAUAAGGAACCUGAGCACUCAUCGAUAAAGCUCAAGAUAAAGCCUAUCAAGACAGAAACUGAAGAGAGCCUAUCGGCGAAAAAAAGAGGUAGAAAGCCUAAAAAGGCCAAAGCUGUUACUUUUACUGAGAAGGAAUCUAAGAAAGUAGUUGAAAAAUCAGAUAAUGAGGAUUUGGAAGAAAUCAACGAAGAUUUGGAUCUGGACAAUGAACCCUCGUUAUACCAAGACGAUUUUUCAGAUGAAGAAGAGCAGGUAGACGAGACGAAGCUCAUUGACAAGAAUUCUAUCGUGAACCCCCUUGAACCUUCAGAAUCAUACCGAUUCAAGUAUAAGAGCAGUGACAAAAACGACACUGCGGAAUAUCCAUACGAGGAACCCAGCAUUAAAGAAGUAUCGUUUAGUACGUUCAGAGCUCGCCUGAUUAACUCUGCUUUCAAUGUUCACAGUACGGACAAACAAAUGUAUGAGUAUAAAUUUCCUAUUAAAGAGUUGAUUCCAAACGAGGAGUCGCCAAACAAACGAGAGGCACAUUUCUCACUAAGUCUGCCCUCCAUUACAGAAUCAUUCCAUUUCGACACCAAACUAAACCCUGAUUUGAGAACAGAUGCCAAAUUUGAAACCAAAUUGACAGUGAAUAAUGAAAAGAUGAACCCAAUACCUUCAGUGAGCUACGAGGAUAUAUUGAGUUCCAAAUACGAGAUGAAAUUAGCGAUUGGGCUAAACCUGGUAGAAUUCCAUUGCACAGUGUACUCCAAGCCAGGGAAGAAUGAUGUUGACUCUAUCACCAGAUUGCCCUCAAGACAUGCAAGUGAUUCUAAGGGUGCCAACAAUGUGGUACACGAGAAGAUUCUGAUAUGGAUCCACAUUGCCCAGCAAUAG